UUUUUUUUAAGGCAGGUCUGUCAUUUUUGAAUACUGUAAAACUGUGACGAGCUUUAUAUUGAAGUUGUAUUUUAAUAUGGCCGCUUUGAAUCCUUACACAGAAAUGUUUUGGGAGUUGUUAAACAUGUCCCAAAGAAGCAAUAUUUAAUAAAACUAGGAUGUAAAAGUGACACUCACUGGUGUGUGUGUAAGCUCUCUAGAGUUCUUAGGGCCUCCCUUCAUCUUUAACCUGGUGGGGCCAGUCAGAUUUUUAAUUACGUAUGUCUGAAAUUUGGCCAAAAACUUUUUUUUUUGUUUUAAGGUUAAUGUAGUUUCUUCAGACAUUCCUAAAAUUUAGCACCUUGGUUGUUUGUCAGUAUAGGAUUUGGGUAAAAUGAAAGAACUUUGUCUAAAAAGAGACAGUAAGUGAUUUAUAAUGAUCAAGGAUCUCAAAUAAUGCAGUUAUUCUCAUGUGUGAAGAAAUGGGAACCUUUUUGUUAGGAAAAUGUCAUGUAAAGGAUACUUUUGCAUACAGCAUUAACUAGGAAGCAAAGAACUUGAAUGCUCUAGUUUGCAUGAAGUUUCAGUGACAUUUCUUUAUCUUAUUUAACUUCUUACCUUUCCCAACACAAUUGGGGUUGUUCUGAGCAAUCUCAAUUUAAUUAAUUGUCAGCAAAGCAAUAGGAUAUUUUGCUGGACACAACCUGGUCCAGUCCACAGUGCAGGGCCUGUCUAGGGUCCAGUGGAGUUUCUGGCACUGGUACCUCUCAAUAGGAUUUCUUUCUAGAGUAUUAUACUGUCUCUUACAGCCAGUCAGGACUUUUUAAGCUUUGAUGAAUAUUAUCUGAUUCAAAUAUCUUCUGAUAACUUGAUGUUAUUUGGAGCAGUUUUUUUUGUUUUUGUUUUAUGUGUUUUAAUGAUACUCAUGCUGAGUUAUAUCUAGCCAAUAUAAUUAGUCCUCGAUGAAAUUUUAGAUGUUUGUCUGAUUCCAUUUGAAGAUGAUUAAUUGAGAUUCUAGAACUAUAACCAUCAGAUUCUGGUUUUAAGCAUCUCACUGCAAUUGUAUCAUAUAUGCUCAACUUUGCUUGAAUCUUCGUUUCCAGUCAGAGUUGAGGCCUUCUUUGUCUUCUGUGUCUCAUUUCUGCCUUCAUCUCCUGCUUUUCACCCAGCUCUGACACUUUUCCAGAGUGGGUGACUAAACUCUUCUUCUUCCUUUAACCUAACCCUUUUCUCCUUCUGUUUUCAGUUCUCUUCACAGUGGUAAUCACAUGGGUUUGGCAAUCUAAGAUGGUUUGAUCAGGAGUCAGCCCUUUUCUAUUGGGAACUGAAUCCUAUCUUUCAUGUAGAAAUCUACAUGUAUAUACAAGAAAUGUAUUUUUAUCUGCAGGAUAUUGUUUCAAAUAAUUUUAUGAAUAGAAUUCACUUUUCAGGUAUUUUCUCUUUUAAGUGUGGUUUUGAAAUGUUAAUUGCAUUUUUAUACAUGAUGCAUUCAAUGGCUACUUUUUCUUAAUUAUAACACCUUUGAAUGCAUUGUGUAAACCGAGUAAGAUAGGAUUCAAUGAACAGAAUUUGAUUUAAGAGUAAACCAGUGAAUUUGAAUUUUGAUAUCAUGCUUGGUACUUGGAAUUGGUAUAUACUUUAUUAAAGCUUGGAAAUACUUAGCAUUUGAAUCGUAACUUUCAUCACAAACCAUGUCUUUUGCCUCUUUUGUUAACCAGGUUCAAUCAAAGAAACUGGAUUCCAUAGUGGUUUUUCUCUAGUAGGUGGUUUGACUUUAAGGUGUUUUCAAUGUGAUUUUAGUAUUUACAGUAAUAAAUAAAAUUUAUACAAGUUUCAGAGAACUACCACCUCUCUAGUUAAUUUUGGUGAAGAUAUUUUGGGUUGUAGUUUUGGUUUAGUAUUAGUUUAACCCUGAAAGAAGACAUUGGCCCUGAUCUGCCCUUUUCAAAAUGUCAUUUUAAAAUGUAUAGAAGGCCUUUUAGAGUUAGGAGGAAGGCGAUAACUUGAUCAGAGCAUGGCCAGUUAUUAACCGCAGGAGUUGAACCUUGUUUAAAGAUUAGCUGGGUUAAGAGUAGGCAUAAAGUUUUGUCUGCCAUGUUUUGUUUUUUCUCCAAAAGAAAUACCAAUUACAUUAUUUUCUUUUUCUUCUUUUUUUUCCAUUAAAAACUUCCAUGUCUUGUUUUUUUUUCUCCAAAAGAAAUACCAAUUACAUUAUUUUCUUUUUCUUUUUUUCCCAGUAAAAAAAAAAGACAGAGUUGCUUCCAUGUUGCUCAGGCUCACCUUGAACCUUCUAGGUUCAAGUGAUUCACCUGAGUACUGGGAAGACAGGCAUGUCCCACCCUUACUUUCAAAUGUUCUUAAUACAAAAUUUAUACUUUUAAAAUUUUUAAGAAAACUUAUGAAAACUCAGAGAAGGAUAAAUGUUAAUGUAGGGUUUUGUUGAAGUUUUCAUUUGCUUUGAUGGGAUGGCGUAUUUGGAUUUGCUUUGGAUGGGUUUAAUAUUGAGGUUAGUAAGAUCAAAUUAAGAGAUACCUGCCUGUACUGUAUUUUGAGUCUUCAGAUCACCAGAUCUGGUCUCUGUUUUUUAUAAAUUGUCCCCACUUUCAACUAGCCAGUGAUUUGAUAAAAUUCUUUGUCCAAUAAUGUAAACUGAUGGAUAAAAGGGCAUAUUUAUGUCACUAUAACGUGGGAACUAGCACUUACCAAGAGCUUACUGUGUGCCAGGCAUCAUACUAAGUGUUUCCAUGUGUAUAAAUGUCUCUCGUCACACUGUGAGGUAAGUAAGUAUUAAUAACCUUACAGAUGAUUAACAGAGGCACAAAGAAGUAAAGUAAUUUAUUAGGAUUAAAACUAGAAUUAGCUAAGAUCAAGCUACAAAAACUUGGUAGUUUGAACCCAGAACUAGUGCACCUUAACACUACCUAUGCUGUGAGUCUUAGAAAGCCUUCUCUGUUUACAGCCUUCAUUCAAGGUCUUUUGAUUACACACAAUUUCAACACGUUUUCCAAGCUAAAGAACUUCACUAAAAGCAUCUAAAACAGUGACUUUUUCUCACAUUAUAUUGAUAAUCUAAUGUAUUCUGACAGCUGAAAUAACCGUGGUGUACAUUUUCUGAAGGCUUCAGCUUGUGACUGUGCAGUCCUCCCUCCAAAUCCAGGAAACACGUUAUCUACGUUUGUCUCGCCAGGUGCUCCAAUUAUGGAGAUUCUGGCCCUAGUAUCACUUUAGCUCAUGCCGGGGAGCACACAAUAGAAUAGACCUGCGCAUCAGUCAGAUGGCAGGCAUGGUCUAUUGAUGACUGGGAUUGUCUGCGGUUGUCCUAUGGCGUUAGGAACUAGUUAAUUUUCUAGAAUUGCAUAAUUCAAGAAAUGUGCCUUGAGUACUCCAUCUUUACAAUUUAAGGAGUCAAAGCAGGAAUCCGCAUAUCAUGAGUGGUUAGAGGGCUAGCAGGAUUUUUGGGGAAAUGAGAAAGUCUAAGGGCUUUAAUCACAGAGGCUGCAACUGAAUGUUUCAAGUCCACAAACCUUAGGUGGUUCCUUUAAGAAGUGGAGGAGCUGCAGCUUCCCGGAUGUGGAAGAAUGGCCCCGCCCCUAUCGUCUGUCACAAAUUGUAUUGUGGUACUCAGUGACGCUAAGCAACACCAAUGGUGGGGAAUAGUUUCUGGGUGGGGCUGCGCCUGCGCCGCCUGGAAGCUCCUCCAACGCUUGCGCGCUGUAGGAACUUCCCAGGGUUCCCUGCGCGUGCGUACUGCUGCCAGCCCCCCCCCCCACCCCUUUCUCAGCUCGGGGCUGAGACAUGGUGCUGUCAGAACUAGCGGUGCGCCUUAAUUGCGCUGAGUACAAAAACUGGGUGAAGGCAGGACACUGCCUGCUGCUGCUGCGCAGCUGUCUGCAGGGCUUCAUCCGCCGCGAGGUCCUCUCAUUCCAUCGCGGACUGCUCGCUGCAGUCCCUGGCCUUGGUCCCCACGCCAUCUGUCGCGGUGGUUCCCGGUGCAGCCCACGCGCCCGCCAGUUUCAGCCUCAGUGUGUGGUGUGCACAGAGUGGAAACGUGAGAUCUUGAGGCAUCAUGUCAACAGAAAUGGAGAUGUGCACUGGGGAAACUGCCGGCCUGGCCUCUGGCCCGUGGAUGCUUGGGAGGUAGCCAAGGCCUUCAUGCCUCGAGGACUGGCAGACAAACGAGGACCUGAGGAAUGUGAUGCAGUUGCUCUUUUAAGUCUCAUCAAUUGCUGUGAUCACUUCGUGGUUGAUCGGAAGAAAGUCACAGAGGUAAUUAAGUGUCGGAAUGAGAUAAUGCACUCUUCAGAGAUGAAAGUAUCAUCUACAUGGCUUCAAGAUUUUCAGAUAAAGAUCCAACAUUUUCUGAAUGAAUUCAAGAAUAUUCCAGAGAUUGAAGCAGUACAUUCCAGAAUAGAACAGCUGUUGACAUCUGACUGGGCUGUUCACAUUCCUGAGGAAGAUGAACGAGAUGGGUGUAAAUUUGAAAUAGGAAGUUACUUGAGUGUGAGCCAAAUCCAUGAAAUUGAAAUGGAAUUGCUGAAGGAAAAACUGCAAGAUAUUUAUCUUCAAGCAGCAGAAGAAGAGGUGUUGCCUGAAGAGGUCUCAAAUCGACUGGAUGUGGUGAAAGAGUUUUUGAAAAACAACACAGACCUCAGAAAUGGCCUUACAGAAGACAUGCAGAAGCUAGACAGUUUCCAUCUACAGCAUCAAAAACAAAUUUCAAAGGACACUGAGAGUCAGACACCUGAAAGGAAGGCUUGAGGUCAAUGGCAUUAGACUGCUUCGGUCACCUUUGGACUUUACUGUGUUCCCAAACCUGCCUACAAGAAAUGCUCCAUGCCAAGGCUCAGCAAAGAUGAUUUCGCUCCUUUACCUGAUCAGCUGCCUCCCAAGAUUGAUUCUGCAGAGAGUGGUGGAGAGAGAGACUGUAUUCAGCAUAUAUUUUGACUGUAGAACCCAAAUGAACGUAAAUGUGCCUGCAGCUUGGUUAUUUCAUUUCCUGGUCGCUGUUUGAUUUUCAGUCUUAUGUUUUCUUUCUUCCUUCAUUUGUUCUCCCUUCUCAAGUUACUUGGGAGGACUUCAAGAGUAAAACAAGAUUUGUACUUAUUUUGCAACUUUGCCAAAGCAAAAAAACAAACAAACUAAUGAAAUAUCUCCUCCUUUCUGGUCUGGGGUACAAAACAUGAAAUCUUCAUUCACUAACCCACGAAGACCUAGUUUCUAAGUGUAGAAAGUUUAAGAGCUGAACUUUUCAUUCUACACCCGUGUCUAGUCAGUUUGUCCUUAUCAAUCCAACACACAGUUAUCAAGAGUCAACCCUGUGCCAGACAUUGAAGUAGAUAAAAAUAUAAAAAGUGGUGAAGUCAUAUCUCACUGCUUUUGUCUUCCACUCUGACAAACCAAAGGUAUUGUUCAGAAAACAAUUGAUGUUCACCACAGCAUUGAUACCCAACCACUAGUAGAGAGGACCUACCAAAUAAGACAUAGAACAUCUGUACUGUGUUAUGUGCCACACAACAGGUAGAAAGAAUAAUCCCAUGCUACCUUACAAUAAUGUGAAUUGCCUAUAAAACAUCUAAAGUCAAAAAACAGCUGAGAGGGUGGGAUGGAACUCAGUGGUAGGGCACUUUCUUGCUCAGCAUACAUGUUGCCUUGAGUUAGAUCCCCGCUCCACUGCCAAAAGAAAAUAAAUAGAAAAGCACUAGUGCUGCCACACCUGCCAUGGUCGCUUCAGACAGACGAAGCCAACGACGGUCAAGCUGCCAGCCAACAAUGGAGCACUGAAUGCCGACCUCGUUGCUGACCCUGAUGAAGCAACAGCCAGCAGCAGCUUUCGUGCCUCUGCCAUAAAGUACGCAGGGUCCCACAGGGUCCACGUGCUGCUCACACACUGCUGCCAUGCUCAGCUGAUGCGGGUCUAUUGGCCUGGAAGGACCUGGCUGCCUGUAGCCCAUCCUUCUUCCCAUACCUGAACCCACACAGACAGGGCACUGAGGUCUCUACGAGCUACCCAGCCCACUCUCCCCAACUGUCUAGAAGAGACUGUUACUUGUUUCCUCUGGCCUAUAACUCCAUGGCAGUUCAAUUUCUCAACCAGGUACAGAAAUUCAGUCUUCAGUAAUUUGAAGACAUAGUAUCAUUCUACCCCUAAAAUUUUAGCAUCUGUCUUUUAGGAACAAAGGUAUUUGUCUGCCUAGCCACAAUGCCAUUAUCCACUGAUAAAUAUGCAGGUCUGUACACAGCACUGUUAGCUGGUAGUCAGUACAUAGUUACUGUUAGAGCUUGAUGGCUGCCUUUGUUUUUAUUUCUCUCAUUCUUGUUAGAACAAGAGACCAGGCCAGAUCCUUCCCUAGUCCCUUAAGCUAGUAUAGGUAGCCUGCCUAUCUCUAGAACCCAUCUUCUUGGAAGAAAUGACAUGUACGUUGAGCUGAGUUUUGGUUAUGCCUUCUUGUGCAAUGGGGAUUGUCUUAUCCCAGGAUAUUUUUUCCAAAUUAUAAUAUGUUUAAAUAUGCUGGCAAUAAACCUGGCCUCUGUUUAUCUAAGUUGACAAGUCAGCCUAAACCUAGUUUUCAUUCUCACCUCUUCACAGUUCAUCUUCCUAUGUGCUGUGAUACCUGCAGGAACCCUUCCAGUGUAUAUUUACAUCUCCGCUACUUUAUAAAUAUAGUUCAAACGGAUAGUAUAGCCAGACAGAGUGAUAGGCACCUGCACUUGAAAGCCUAAGUAUAUUAGGAUUCGCUAAGGGAAAAGAGCUGAUAGAAUGAAUAUAUAUUAAAAGGGAUUUAUUAGACUGGCUUACAGGAUGUGACAGCAUUGGUUGUCUCAGUUUGAUGCUGCAGGCCUGGAGGAUUCCUAGAGAGCUGCUGGUUCUUAGUCUAUACUGGAACCCUCAAGAAAUUGGAUUUAAUCCAGCAGCAACAGGAUAGUCAAACUUGCCAGCAAGAGUAAGGGCAAACAAGCAAAAGUUUCCUUUUUUCAUAGCCUUUUAUGUGGGCUCUCACUGGAAGGUGGCCUGUCAUGGGACUCAAUCAAGCAAUAUCAACAUGAACACCCUUCAAAGAAAAAUGAUGGGAGGAACAACACAAAGAAAGAGUCAUAGCUUAUCCUAGUCUUACGACUUCUUCUGAAGUUCUUGGUCACAGGGCCUUUGGAAUCCUGUUUGACAUGAGUGACCACAAGCCAACCCACUUGCAAAUGAGUGCUUUCAGUUCUUUUUAAGUUUUUAUUUUGAAAUAAUUUCAAACUCAUAGGAAAGUUGGAAUACUCUUUACAGUCCCAAGAAAGAAAGAAAGAAAGAAAGAAAGAAAGAAAGAAAGAAAGAAAGAAAGAAAGAAAGCCCCUCAUAUAUCCUUUAUCUAGAUUCACAGUGAGAGUCAAUCUUUCCUUUUCCCCCCUAGAACACUAUGUAACUGAGGAUGGCCUUCAACUGCUGAUCCUCUGCGUUCACCUUUGGAGAGGUAGAGUUAUAGGCAUGUGUUACUGUACCUGGAUCUAAGAGUCUUUCGUUCUGUUUGUUGUUUCUCUUUCUUCGUUUCUUCCUUUCUCCUAGAGUAUUUAACUCUGGUGUAUAUUUCCUGGCAUGUAGGCAUCCACAUACUUUCUUUUACAACAGCCUUAAAAUCAAGACAUGUACCAUCAAAACUAGUAUACAAUCCAUAAUCAAAUUUUGCCAAUUAUCAUUGUAAUAUCCCAUAGAACAAUAUUUGUUUAUUAUUUUUGGCUUUUCAGAACAGGGUUUCUCUGUAGCUUUGGAGCCUGUCCUGGAACUCAUUUGUGUAGACCAGGCUGCCCUCAAACUCCCAGUGCUGGGAUUAAAGGCAUGCACUACCACCCAACAAGGACUUAUUUUUAUUGACUGUGUCCUUGAAGAUUCAGUUCAAGCCUAAAGUUUAGUGGAAUGUCCCUCAGUUUGUUUCCUUAUGCCCAUCUCUAUGGUCUGAAUAUGGAUGUAUUCUUGGAAAAAUUUCAUAGCUUGGGGUGGACACGGUGGUGCACACCUUUAAUCCCAGCACCUGUGAGACAAAGGCAGAUGGAUCUCUAUGAGUUUGAGGUCAUCCAGGAAUAUACAAUGAGACCCUGUCUCAAAAAUAUUCAUAUUGGAACCUAACUCCCAAGAUGUCAGUUCCAAGUGGGGCCUACCAGGCCUCGUAGUGUGCCCUUUAAUCUAGCAUUUGGGAAGUAGAGGCAGGAGGACCAAGAUUUUAAAGUCAUUCUUAGCUAUAUAUUAAACAAGAUUCUCUAGUAGAAUAGAACCGAGAGAUUGGGGAGGAUUGUAAAGGGAAUUUAUUAAAUUGGCUUACAUGAUAUGUGUUUGGGUGGAAGCUUCACCUCAGCUCCUGGCAUCCAUUUAUCCAAAGAGUCUGGAUGUUUAGUUGAAAGCAUCACCUCAGCCCUUGGUUCCCAUAUAUCCAUAUGUUUGGGUGGAAGUUCCAUCCCAACGCUCUUCUGGGAGUUGCUUCAGUCCAGACUCCACCUCUGAGAAAGCCUGCCAAACAGUGAACAAACACGUGGUUUUCUGGUCUUCCUUUCCCAUCUCUUUGCGGGGCAGGAAGGUCACCCAGGAGCAAUGGUAUUCAUUAAACCUGGACUUUUUCUAAUUCA